GCAAUGCCAGAACAUAUGUGACCUUAGAUACAACAGAAAUUGAUGUACAAGAUGUAAGAUCUUACAAUAAGGCUAGAUGCCGGAACGGGAUAUUAAUACUCCUGAUGGUGGAAUCAAUUCGACCCAAAGUUCAUAAUCACCAGCAUAUAUAUUGUGCUGUUCCUAGGGCAUGUUCUUCGUGCCAUCAUCUCUGGUACGUACUGAAUUUCUACGGUUUCGGUUCCCGCGGUUUCCAUCGAUCUAUCACGCGUAUUUCAUCUUCCGGGGCCCAAAUGUUGGUUGCAGCCUAUAAUCUGUCUUGGGUAUUUAUUGGUUCACCAGGUGGUUGAUAAGGAUAAGCCUCCCGUCAUCAAGCCAUAAAUACUCCUCUACAAACACAUUCAGAAAUCACCACUUUCAUUUGAGACAUCGCAAUAGAAGUACCAAAUCUGAGAAGCCUCGUGGUAUCGUACUUCGUACAAAAUGUCCGGAUCGAAUCGACAUUUGGACUGGAAAGAUAUCUUCCUAUGCUACCCCAUUUUCGAUAACAUUUGUGCCCAUCUCGAUCCCAAUGACAUCUUGUUUUUCCGAUUGACCACCAAGCAACUUUCCUCGUCGUUUAACUCGCUCUUCAAGACCCAGUGGAAUAUCAAUCGCCAACUCACCCGCUUUGUUAAAGACCCUGUCGGCUUUCGGUCAAAGUUGGCUAAACACGAUGCUCUCAUAUCUGGAAGCUUCGCUCUACAAUUCUUUGAGAGGAGAUUCUGGCUUGACUCUGGCCUGGAUAUUUAUGUACAAGAUGCGAACAACUUCAGGACUCCUGAGAAAAUAGGCAAAUACUUGGUCAAGCAUGAAAGCUACAGACUACAAGGGUCGAAAACGGAAGCAAAUGGUGGCUUGAUCAACAAUGUGGGCCAAUUAAAGUAUAUUUCACAGGUUGAAUCAUACCUUAGGACAAGCUCGACCAAGGAGAAGCCAAUUCAGAUCCAAAUAAUCUACACAACCAACAUUCCUUUCCAAGCAAUCAUCCAGGGCUUUCAUACAUCACUUCUCAUGAACGUCAUCUCGUGGAAUUUCGCGUAUUCACUUUUCCCUGAUAUGAAUUUCAUCAAGAGAACAGCUUACGAAAUAAAUGGAGGCGGCAAUGGCUAUCUCCAAGUUAACGCCGAUCACGAAGAUUCUGAAGCAAAAUACAGACGAAGAGGAUGGGAAUGGGAGAAAGCGGCAGCCAUUGGCGAUUCAAAGAAUUUACACUCCCUAAACUUGGCCAGCCGCAGAAAAAUUGACGAUUCGUAUACAUGGACCAUCAAACUUGAUACCAACGAUGUAAAUGGUGGCCAACCUUCAUAUCUUUUACAAAGUUCUUACUUCAAAGUCGCACAAAUUGGUCCACCCAACAAGCAGUAUUUCGUGGAUAUGAAUAUUGUUCGCAGCUGCAUCCUUCGUUACGAAUAUACAACAACGACGAAGUUUUACGAUCAUUUCUCCUUCUGGGCGUUGGUAAAACAGAAGCUGGAUGACUUGACUCACACUCAACUCUUAAAAUUUCCCGAGAAUGAACGGCCGAUUCCUCUUCAAACACGCGGUCCUAGUGGCUACAAGAUAGAACAUUACUCACGUACCAUCAAGAGGCAUGUGCAAGAACCAAAGGGAUGGAUCUUCUAUGACGAUCAGAUCCCAAUAUGGCAUGAAGAGUAUCUCAAAGACGAAGAAGCUAGAUUGAGAGCUAAACAGGAAAUGGAACAAGCCGAAUCAGAGCUACAUAUCAUAAAUUGAGUAGAGGAGUUUAUUGCCGAACAAGAGAAGUAUGAGAUGGAACAAACCGACUUGGAGCUAUCCCUGAACGGCGAAGCAGAGAUAUUGGCUGCAGAUGUGGAGAAACUCUAAUUUGAUUAGCUGGCCUGAAGGUCUUGGGUCGAGAUUACGACAUCGAGAGGAGAAUAUCGAACACCACAUUUCCAAGCUUACAUUUGACAUCGAUCGACUUUUUUUGGUCAUGAAAAUAGGCGGGAAUUUCCUUAAAUCAUGCUAGUAUCAAUUGCCCUUGGCCAGAGACUUGAUAAGUUUAAGCUGGCUUGGCUUUGAAAGAGUUCUAGAGAUCUACAAGUUGCACAUCAACCAUUCAUUCAUACAUGACACUUGGUGCAAUUUAUUGAGCUAGAGAAAUAACGUUUUAUGCAGUUAUUGACUAUUCAUUUGCCAUCAGAAGUAUAAAAUUCGGUAAUAACCUGAAAUGACCUCAUUUCAAUUCAAGUAUUGAUAUCUGAACUAAUCUAUUAAACUCGGUGGGU